AUGAUACAAAGCUUUGCACGAGUAAUCGGCUGCAGCAAACCAGCUGCAUUUGCAGCACAUGACAGUCGCGUCUUCGUUCCGGCUGACAAUGGUGUGGUCGUCGUGGAGAAUGGCGGUGAGCACCUUUGGCUUCCAUUUCCCAGUGGGAAGUACUCGAUUGACAAAAUCGCAAUCAGUUCGGCCGGCGUGCUGUGUGUGACGGAGAAGCGACUGCGGGUUGCGCUGCAUUUCUUCGAUGUCACUUCCCUGCAUAACCUCGGCUGCACUGAAACAGAAAUCUCUGUAGGUGUCGCAGACAUCGUGUUUUCUGCUGAUGGGACGGAGCUUUUUGUUCUUGCUACGGUUCCUGACACUGCCGUGACAGUUUUUCGCCGAGGCACGCGAAACAGUGCUUACACUUUCGCCGACCGCGUCCCUCUCCAGCAGAGCGGAGAGCCAAAGUCGCUACUCGCUGGCGGUCUUGAGGAAGCGGUUGUGCGCUUCGCCAUAUGCAGAAACGACGGCAUUGUGGGCUACUCGCGCGGGGAGGACGGCAAAAGCUUUCAGAAGUGCCUCUUCGUCGAGGCGCACGUAGAGAGUGCGUGCGCCUCAGGGCUGAACAUGGUGUGCUACGCCACGAAGGAAGGGUCCGUGCAUGUGUACUCGCACGACAGCCAGACAUCCCGCGAGCUCUGCGAAGCCCCAGCGGCAGGGGGCGCAGCGGCGAUGCUUGCGCUGGACGACACUGCUUUCAUCUUCACGCGCUCAGGGGGCUUGCUCUCUGUCAACCUGGCUGACGGUACCUGUCGCAGCCUCUCCCUCGGUUGCCUGCCUUCCUGCACAAGUCGCAUCGCUACGACGAGCGGGGGCGAGCUGCUGCUGAGCACGCAGACAGGCUUGCUCGCGGUGGCAGUGCCGACUGCGACCAGCCGCGGAGAUGCUGCGCUGCGCCUCGUGAAGGGCUGGAUGGAGGCCUCUACACUCAGGUGCCUUUCUGUAAACGGUGGGACCUUGGUAGCGUGGGUGUUGCGAGAUGGCAGCGUGGCCCUCUACGAGAGGAACACUGUGAAGGUUUUCGCCCCUUGCGGAGCGCGGGGGCCGGCGGUGCAUGCGUGCCUGCUUAGCUCUUCUCAGAUUGCGAUCCUGUUCGAGGAUGCCACUGUAGUCUGCUUUGACUGCAUGGGUGGGAAAGAGGCGUGGAUCUACAAGUGCUUGGAGUGCACUCCUAUUUUUGUCGAGGCGGAUGGUUGUGGCGCGUUGGCAUGCUGUAGUCGAGAUGCCGUACGGUUUUUGAGCUGCGGUGGUGACAGCGUGGAGGAUCGUGGCAUUGUACGUGCCACUCUUCUUGCGUCUAUCUCGUUGGCAAGGUGGGUACCGUCGGAGACGAGUCUGCUUGUCGUGUGCGAAAAUGGUGACGCCUUCCUCAUGGAGGCGCCGGACGACGGCGACGCCGUGACAACGCACCCUGCCGAAGCGCUUGUGCGCAAGUCGUGGCGGCUCGACUUUCCAAUCACGGAUGCACUCGUGUGCUACGCCACCCCUGACGUGCUCAACCUCUUUGUACACUCGGCAGACCACGACUCCAAGGUGUACACGCUCGACCGCCAACGCGAGGGUGACGUAAAGGUCUCACGGCCUCUGUUUCUCAUCCACGACCACAGCAGCGGUGGCAGUUGCCUCCUGCGUCUUAACGAUGCAACAGUGAUUUCGUGUGGCCGGGACGGCAGCAUCGCCGCGCGGGAUUUGACGCCGUACCAGGUGCAAAUGACCCCGAUCCCCCCCUCGCGUGAAAAGCGCAAGGCGCUCUGGAUUCACGCCGCACGCUCCUCGUUCUGCGGUGGUAUCACGACGGCGGCCAUCGCUGACGCCGGAGAGGAGGUGGUCUGCGGCGGCAAUGAUGGAGUGUUGCAGUGUGUUGCGUUGAAGGCGCAAGAUGCCCAAGCCUCGUGGCAGGAGCCGGAGUGGACGCACGUGGUGGGAGCGCGACUGGGCCCUGCUGAGGACGAGGCGACUGCUCCACAAGCAAGCGACGUGGCGCCUGAGCGAGGGGCUCUCCUCCGCGAGCUGUCCCGCGUGCGUGAGCUGUGGGCGAAGGCGAUGAGUGAAAAGGACGCUGAUGUUCCUCUCGAGGCUUUCCUGACUCCGGAGCAGCGCGAGCAGUUUGCAGCCGAAUGUGAGAGUGCCGUGUUUGAGAUGCGCGAGAGGCACUACUACCACGCUAUCCUGAACGAGUACCUCCAGGAUACCAUCAGGGGGCGCUGCUUCGAGGCGAUGGAGGUGACACGUAUGAAGGUGGUGAGCAUGAACACCCCUGGGCUGGAGGUGCACAACUUCCACGUCCAUCGCAGGACACGGGCCGAGGCAUCGCUUUCUCGAAAAGCACUGUUUCUCCGUCAGCUGCAAGAGAAGAUUUCCGCAGGUCGACGCACACCUCCUGGCAUGCAGAUCGUGUCCAAGAUGGCGACGCACGUGGCUGGCAGCCCUAGCGCGGCUGAGGACUUCGACGCUGCGAUGCUGAACGACGCGGAUGUUUACACUGAGUGCCGCAUGGUACUUCAGUCUCUCCUCGUUAAGGGCCGGUCGCUGGUGCUCAAGGACGCCUUCAACGCCUGCUUCAUUGACCUUCAAGACUUGAAGAGACAGUCCGUCAUGCAGGUGGAGGAGCGCACGCAGCGCUGCAUUACGAUUGGAAAGCAGUUGGGUAGCCUUCCCGCACAGCUCUUCUCGGCGGUUGUCGACACCGGGGAGAGCCCCAACUCACUAUUCGUUGUCGAGGACAAGGAGCUGAGCGCCGAGGCGCAGGCACUGAUCGCGCCUUCUAAGGGGACAGUUGUUGUGUCUCCGGUGGAUGAAGCGGCCUUGCACUUGUGGAUGGACGGCCUGGAAAAGGAGGUGGAGCGGCUGGAGGUGCAGGUGCCGUUGCCAGACUUCGCAGACGACACGCGCGACACCUUCGUCCCGCCAGAGGAGCGCACGGAGGAGCAGACGCGCAUCUUCGAGGCCUACGCGAAGAGACUCAAGGAAGAGAACGAGUUCGUCGAGGCAAAGAGGGAGGCGCUCCGGGGCGAGUUCAAGGCGCUGCAGGACAAGAACCGGGAAACGGCGGCGACGCUAGACAAGCAGCUUCGUCAGAUUCGUCAGUUCCGGCUGAGCACAGCCGAGGAAGUUGACGAGGCGGAGCUGCAGCUCGCCCUACUCUUUCAGCAUCGGCUGUGCGUCAGCGCCGCCUAUCGACAGCAUCGAUCCUUGGCUCGCAAACGAGAGGCUCUCCGUGACGGGCUGACCGGCGCAGAGUCGAUUGCAGCGCAACAGAAGCGCGUGCUGACUGCAGCGCAGGCUCGGCUGACCGCCGCAGAGAGCAAAACGGACAGCUACGCGGCAAGCGCCAGGGCCUUGUCACCCUUUGACGACAGGGCGAUAGGCGAGAAGCUGCACCGGCGCUUUGUGCGAUGGCAGCGGCGCUUCGAGGAGGGCAAGGCGCCGCUACCAGACGCCGACACGCCCGCACCAGACUGCACGACGGAGCAGUGGACAGCUUUCUGCGAGCAUUGCCAGACGGUAGCUAAGUUGCAGCAACUGGUUGACGGGGCCGAGUCAGAGGUGCAGCGAGCUGCUGAGGACUUUCAAGAGGCGCAGCGGCACUGCAAGCUCAUUGUGCAUCAGAUAGAUGCCGCAGGGGAGGAGAUGGACGCCGUCCGCGACAACUCAGUGACGCGUCUUCUCGACGUCCACGCCUUGUGUCGACUGCACCAGGGCCAAAUCCAAGACGAGAGUGCCACGACGGCGACGGCUUUUUCGUCCUCCAACCUGCGGUGGCGCGACGACGUGGCCCAGUACAACGAUCUCAUCCUCCAAAGCGACGCGGAGAGCCGCGCGCUCCUCAACAAGGUGUUUGCGCGCCGAAAGCUGAUGAAGCUGCUGGAGUGGGAGAGGGAGCGGCUUAGGUACUGCGCGGGGACGCUGCAGCUGGAGCUGCGACAGCUGCAUACCCUUCGUGUCACUCGCCAGAUGCAGGAGUGGCUGAACGGCGACGUGGACUUGUCGGAGGAGAAGACGCUCGCGCAUAUUCAGCGCCACAUGGAUCUGGUGGAGACGAACAUGAGUCGAAAAGUAGAGGAGCUGAGGGGCGUCGUGCGCCAGCUGAAGAACCAGAUUGCUGAGCGCGUGACAGAGAACACCAUCGUUGGUGCCCAGUGCGACGACCUCGACGACACAGUGCGCGCCAACGGGGCAGUGUACCGCCUGAUUGAGACGCGCGCGGACGGCUCGCACGCACGUGCUGCGCGGGUCAAAGAGAUUUUUGCCACCAGCGAGCUAGAGGAGCUGGCUCGGUCACAGCAGGAAGAACUAGUGCGGCUGAAGCGCGAGGUGGAUCGUCUGCGGGAGCGUACGUUCCCGUCCUUUGCUGUUGUGUCGAAGCAGACGCGCUAG